ACACAGAGAGAGGCUUGCAGUGUGUGCCGCUGUAGUAAGCACAAAGCGCAGACAAAGUGAGACUAUGAAUCUGUCGCUAUCUUUGCGGGUUCUCGUGUAACGUGCUGGCUCCGUCCGCCUAGCCUCGCCUCGCCUCGCCCCGCUGUCCCACCAUCAGUCGGUCAGAGGCGGACUGGCUCCACGCCGCUGUGGCAGAGGGAGUGUGAGUAAAUGAGAGCGUUGUUUGGAGCCGUUGAACAAAGAGCUUGUCUUCCCUCGACCAUUGUUACUGAGCGGGGCGCCUGCUUUCUAAAUCACUCAGAGGUGGAUUCGGACUGGUAAAGUGAGGGGCGGCCAUUGCUCAAGUCAUGACCUCUGGGAAUGGGAACACUAACAGCGGCCAGCACAAUGGAGAAAGCAUACCAGCCCAGGCCUUAGUCAAGUCCCACAUCCUCACCCAUCUGAUAGAAGGCUUCGUCAUCCAGGAGGGUGCUGAGCCUUUCCCAGUUGAACGUCCAUCUUUCUCAAUUGAGAGCCUCAGGAGACACACAGGAGACUCAAAGAUGGACGGCCUCUCAUCAAAAGAGUUAAAGGUCCAGCAGGAGCCCAUGCUGACCUGUGAGCUGUGUGGCAGAGUUGACUUUGCCUAUAUCUUCAAGAGGUCCAAGAGGUUCUGUUCUACAGUGUGUGCCAAACGCUACAAUGUGGGAUGCACAAAGAGGAUGGGUCUCUUCCCAAACCGCAAAACCAGCCUGGAGAACGUGAAGAAACAAAGAGCAUUGAACGGAAACCACAAAAACUACAGUUUAGACUCUAAAAAGAAGACUGCUCUCUCUGUGCAGAAGCCUACUGCUACUGCUCUGUCCCCCAGUCACUCAGUCCACCCUGCACAGGGAGAGUCCAGCCAAUGUUCAGACUUGUCUGGCUACAAAAGAACCCUGCCCCCCCUGUUGGCCACCCAGCGGGUGCCUGUGGUGCAAGGCUCUGAGCUGCCACUGUUACCCUACAGCUACCUGCCCAGUGACCCCAGCCAGUGGAACAUAGCAGACGUCUAUGAGUUCAUCUCCUCUCUAUCAGUGUCGCUGCUGCCCUGCACAAGCAUCGCUGCCUGCUCCUUCAGCCCCACCACCACCCCAGCAUCCACCUGCAGGCUCUGUCUACGGGGGAAUAUAUUUAAUCAUCACUCCCCAAUAUCUCAUGUAAACAUAUCUGCGGGGAGUGAUACGGUCAGAGCCUCGACGCCAAACUUUAACUACGUUCUGCUUUGUGAUAAACAUUUCAAACGUUGUCUGGAGAUUGCCGAGGAGUUCCGUUCUCAGGAGAUUGAUGGACAGGCUCUGCUGCUGCUGAAAGAGGACCAUCUCAUGGGAACCAUGAACAUCAAACUGGGCCCUGCGCUCAAGAUCUUUGCCCAGAUCAGCAUACUCAAAGACUCGUAGCCCACCUCACCUUGCCCCUUACACACACACAGACGCACACACACACUGCUGUGACUGGACAAACACAAUGUGUGCUCAGGAGUUAAAUGACUGUGAAUAGAAUUUAGCUACCAGGCCAGAAGUUUUUGAUAGAUGUUUUGUCAUGGCCUGCUGAACACGAGGACAUCACCUGGGACUGUCAGACUCACCUUUACACUAAUAACUUCACUGUGAUACUACUUCAGGCAAACUUCACCCCUUAGUUUGAAAAGAAUGUUGUCCUGUGCUGAGAAGUGUUUCAAUGAGAGCGUAUCGUUUUCAUAAUGUAGUUCUGCAACUUCCUUGGGUCCCUGCAGGAGAGGUUUAAGGUUAGCUGUUGAUUUGUUCUAGCAUUUCACACAGGAAAUUCCUGUGAAAUUUCAGUUGUGUAUUUGCCAGUUUAGCCCAACAUUUCGGAAAACAACCCUGUCUGAUUAGGAGAUCAGGGCGCAUCUCUGUGCAAAGCGACAGUCACAACCCAGGACUUUUUAUCGCUUAUGGUUAUAGUUGGGAUAGAAACCGGUCAGUGUAUUUUUCCCAAAAGUGACCAAAGUAAGUUUGCAUGCGUGUGUGCAGUUUAUGAUUCAGUGACUGAAAUAUUGGACUUUCAGGAGACGGCGACACAUGACCAUGAUGCACAGUAUACUAGUCCUGUAUCAGGGGUAAGAUAGAGCAAGUCCAGCAUCAGUGUUAGACCGGGACUAGAGGACUCCAUUAACUGUGUGGAGAAAAGCCACCCAACAACUCAAAAAGACAUUUUGACCUGAUACAGACCAGGCUUCAUUUAGCUCUGCUUCCAGUCUUUGUGCUGUGAUAAAGAUGUCCUGAGCCAGUCUUUGCAGGCAUGACUUUACUGAACUCCGACUUUAAAAACACCUUGAUUGAAUGGUCAGGUUCUAAAUUGUUAUUUAAAAACACUUGACAGACUAUUUUUACAAGAUUGCCAUUGCACGUUAAAUGAGUACCAACACAUCCUCUUGAUAAACUUAACGAAGCAGAAAAACUGUUGUUUCCAUGUUAAGGCUCAUUUAUACUUCUGUGUCGGUGGUUCUGUACAGGAGCUGGACAUGGCCAUAUGAACACACCUAAAAUGUAAUGUGGCCCAGUGGAACUGAUUCAACGCUUUAGUCAUGUAUUAGAGGUGCAUUAUGUAUGAUUUUUUGUGAAGCUCAAAAUGUGAAGAAAUAAGUUUAUGUUAUGAAGAUGUUUAUGUACUGUGUCACAUAGAUAUCAAUUAAGCAAGCUCACUAACCAGCAAGAACCAGUCCAUACUGUGUCUUGUGAUACCACUUUUAUACCUCAAGAGGGGAUAGUCUGAUAGGAUAUCUCAGCGAUGAUACCUGACCACCCUCUUGCUCCUCUACAUCUGUACACUUCUCCUUCCCCUGCUUGACCCAAACUUAUCUUCGUCAUCCCUGGAGUCAAAGUCCUGUUCAAUGCCGCUGUAAAUGACCAUAUUCCCUGUUGUCAAACUGGCCUCCAUUCAGUCUCAGUCUGCUCCCUGGACGGCUGCUGAGCCCAGUUCCAUUGCCCGCUCACCUAGCUCCAAUUCUAGUGCCCGUGCCUGCACCACUCUCCACCAGAAUUCUUGCUGGGCCCCUCCUGUCCCAGGCCUGAAAACACUCUGCCUGUGUUCCAAGCUACCAGUCUCUGGGCUAACCAGCUCCAGUUGGGCAACAGUUGGCUGUGACUCCGGUGAUAUGCUGCCCCCUAUUUGUUUAGUGAAUAACUUCCACAAGAGGCCAUUUCUUAUGUAUUGCACCUUCAGAGACUGGGGGACAUUGUUUAUUAGCUGAUUCAGUUUGGAUUGAUUCAUGUCAAUUGCCCCAUACUACUUCUAUUCACUCCUUCAUGUGUCUGGUGCUUGUUCUUCGUGGACAAAAAGCUUUUUUUCAUGCAAAAAUUUUUCUCAUGAACUGUUGACUCCCACUGAUACAGCUCUUUGUCUGAAACAGUGAAUGAGUAUGAAUGUUCUAUAAUACCUGAUGACUGUACUCUCACUGGAGCAGUGAAGUCCAUGUACACGGGGGAUGGCUACCAUAAGUGCCUACUGUGACAUUGUGAUGCAGAAGUAUAAAUCAGGUAUAAUUUUGUCAUUUAAUUCUCCCUCUACCAAAGUAAAGUGAGUGUCUCUGCUGUCAGGACAUGUUAAAGCUGAGCAACAGUAAUGAUGUUCUAUUUUGUUCUUUUUAUUCCUACAGAUGUCAUAAAAAUGUUUGAAAAGUUGUAUGCCAAAGUAUAUUAUUCUAUUGUUUUAGAAGCUACAUCUACAGUUCAUUAACGUUAUGAAAACUGCAGUGCCCAUUUCAUGAUACCCAUUCAUAUUUUUGAGUGGUCGUAUUUUCAAAAACUGCUGUUUGUUAAAAGAUAAAGCUCACUGUAAUUGACCAGUCAGCAUUCAAACACAUUUUACAAUCCCUUGAUGAUCAAGAGCAUCAUUUAUUUACAGUGUGUUCUGUUGGACAAAAACUGGUUUCUUUAGUUGCAGUUGAAAUUUGAUGAUGACAUCACAAACGUUUACAAAAGACCAAAAACAUCCUGAAAAGAAUCUGUGUUAUAGAAAUGACUGCAAGUGUCACUAUGUUAAAAAUAACAUGGCAUAAAAAUAUUCUGAAGCUAGAGAAAAAUAAAAUCAUGAGAGGAAUUA